CCGGAAAGAAGAAGAAGACGAAUCACAGUAAAACGUCAGCGCGCCAAAUUUGUGUCAACCAACAAGACGUUGCUUGAGGCACGUCUAAAAAGUUCGUCUAAUCUUUGCCAAGAGCUUCAUGCGGAGAACGUUGCCGUGGAAUAAGACGGUGCAGUCUGGUUGAGACUGACUGUUUCUGUUUUUAGCAUGGCGGUGCCUUUUGUUCAGGACUGGGAUCUCGUCCAGACACUGGGAGAAGGAGCCUACGGAGAAGUGAGGCUUCUGGUUAACAGACAGACGGAGGAGGCAGUAGCGGUGAAGGUGAUUGAUACCUCGCAGGCUAAAGAAUGUGCUGAAAAUGUCAGGAAGGAGGUCUGUGUCCAUAAGAUGCUCAACCAUUCCAACAUUGUACGUUUUUUUGGCCAUCGGAAGGAAGGGCCAACCGUUUACCUAUUCUUGGAGUACUGCUCUGGAGGAGAGCUGUUCGACCAAAUUGAGCCUGAUGUGGGGAUGGAAGAGAAAGACGCUCAUAGAUUUUUCCUGCAGCUAAUAGCAGCUGUGGAGUACCUUCACAGUGUUGGCAUUACCCACAGAGACAUUAAGCCAGAGAACAUUUUGUUGGACGACAAAGACAACCUGAAGCUGACAGAUUUCGGUCUGGCCACCAUGUUUCGUUUCAAGGGACGAGAGCGGCUCUUGAGUCGACUCUGUGGAACUCUUCCCUAUGUGGCUCCGGAGCUUCUUGGCCAAACGGAGUACAGAGCUCAGCCUGCCGAUAUCUGGGCUUGUGGGAUAGUCCUCACUGCUAUGCUGGCUGGAGAGUUGCCCUGGGACCAGCCAACUGAAAACUGUCAGGAGUACUCAGACUGGCUUCAAAAGAAAACUUACCUUCCUCCUUGGAAGAAAAUACAGCCACUACCCCUUAGUUUGUUAUCCAAAUUACUGCUGGCCAACCCAGAUUCGCGUAUAACCAUCGCAGACAUAAAGAAAGACCACUGGUUUACUCAAGGUGCACAGCAACCAGCAGACACUCUGAGCUCACAAGGAAAUAAACAUGUUAAAUCUGAUACAGGACUAAUAUCCCGACCCAGCAGUGACGACAGGAUGCAGUUUUCCAGCUCUCAGCCUGAUUUUGUAGCAGGUGGUUGGGAAGCAAUUUUAAUCACUGGACAAACCCAAGGUCAGGUCAGCUUCUCUCAGCCAACCAAGCCUGAGCACAUGUUACUGGGGAGUCAGUUACUCGGCACACCCGGAGCCAGUCAGUCACCGUGGCAGAGAUUAGUUCGCAGAAUGACGCGUUUCUUUACAACUGUGAAUACGGAUGCCUCCUUAUCUGCCCUGAAAGACGCCUGUGACAGCCUGGCCCUUGGUUUUAAACUCACCUGCGCCAAACAGGUGACGGUGAGCACACUGGACAAACGCAACAACAAGCUCAUCUUCAAAGUUCAUUUGCUAGAAAUGAAUCAGAGAGUCCUGUUGGAUUUCAGGCUGUCUAUGGGUGAUGGUUUGGAGUUUAAACGUCUCUUUGUGAAGAUAAAGCAGAAGCUCUGUGACAUCAUCAGCACUCAGAAGAUUUUACUGCCAAUCAUAUGAGCAUCCUCUACAAACACACUGCUAUGGACAUUGGAGAGACACCUUGUAAAUAUUGUUGUAUUGAUGUUUUAAAUGUAGUCUGGUGUCUUGAAAUGUGUGCAUGUACAUGCUUGUUUUGUGUAUUGUUAAUCUGUUUCAGUUUUUAAUUGGAAAAUGAUAAAAUUUAGGUACACUGAAGUGUGUGUGUUCACCCAUGUUCUGCAGCUGAGAAGACUGAUGUGUUGUGAUUAUGUUUGACAUGUCACAGAACUAUGUCUUGAAUAAAUUAUUAAAAGACA